GCAGCGGCCGGGCCGUGGGAUGUUAGCGCUGGGGGCCAUGGAGGGCACCCGGCAGAGCGCGUUCCUGCUCAGCAGCCCGCCGCUGGCCGCCCUGCACAGCAUGGCCGAGAUGAAGACCCCCCUGUACCCCGCCGCCUACCCGCCGCUGCCCGCCGGGCCCCCCUCGUCGUCCUCGUCGUCGUCCUCGUCCUCCUCGUCGCCCUCCCCGCCGCUGGGCACUCACAACCCCGGCGGCCUGAAGCCCCCGGCCGCGGGGGGGCUCUCGUCCCUGGGCAGCCCCCCGCAGCCGCUCUCCGCGGCCACCCCGCACGGCAUCAACGACAUCCUGAGCCGGCCCUCCAUGCCCCUGGCCUCGGGGGCCGCCCUGCCCUCCGCCUCGCCCUCCGGCUCGUCCUCCUCGUCCUCCUCGUCCUCCUCCUCGUCCUCCUCCGCAUCCUCGGCGUCGGCCGCCGCGGCGGCGGCUGCAGCGGCCGCGGCGGCCGCGUCCUCCCCGGCCGGGCUGCUGGCCGGCCUGCCCCGUUUCAGCAGCUUGAGCCCGCCGCCGCCGCCCCCGGGGCUCUACUUCAGCCCGAGCGCCGCGGCCGUGGCCGCCGUGGGUCGCUACCCCAAGCCGCUGGCCGAGCUGCCCGGCCGGACGCCCAUCUUCUGGCCCGGAGUGAUGCAGAGCCCGCCCUGGCGGGACGCGCGCCUGGCCUGCACCCCGCAUCAAGGAUCCAUUCUGUUGGACAAAGACGGAAAGAGAAAACACACGAGACCCACAUUCUCCGGCCAACAGAUCUUCGCCCUAGAGAAGACGUUCGAACAAACGAAGUAUCUGGCGGGGCCGGAGAGAGCUCGUCUGGCCUAUUCGCUGGGGAUGACGGAGAGUCAGGUCAAGGUCUGGUUCCAGAAUCGCCGGACCAAGUGGAGGAAGAAGCACGCGGCCGAGAUGGCCACGGCCAAGAAGAAGCAGGACUCGGAGACGGAGCGGCUCAAGGGGGCGUCGGAGAACGAGGAGGAGGACGACGACUACAACAAGCCGCUGGACCCCAACUCGGACGACGAGAAGAUCACGCAGCUGCUCAAGAAGCACAAGCCGGGCGGCGGCGCGCUCCUGCUGCACGCGGCCGACGCCGACGGCUCGUCGUGAGCCGCGGCCGCCGCCCGCCACGGACUCGCUCUGUUUUGUAACCGAGAGACCCCCGACGGGGCGCGGGGGGCGCGCGGGG